GUCCAGAUUGCUGAUUGGACUAAGAUAGCAGAUACAUUAGAUGAGAAGGGCCUAUCAGAAUCGGUUCCUGAGUUUCUGGUUGUGGUUACUGAUGACGGGGUAGCGCAAUGGGUUCCACUAGAUCCGAAAGGAGUAGCGCGGUUAGUGGAUGCAGUGGAAAAGAAGGGGCUAAGAUUGCCCCUAACUUUAAAUACCUUGGAAGCUUUAACGGCGCCGGGCCCAUUGCUUCCCCAUGAUAUUGAAAGCCCUAUGCGUAUGGUCCUUGAGCCAGUACAAUACACCCUCUGGAAGGAGGAGUGGAGUACUCAGCUUAAAAUAGUACUGGCAGCAGCAGAAAAUGACCCAGCCCAUCCUGCAUUUGGUAGUAAUUUACACAGGCUUAUGGGUACCGCUGCAGGAAUGGGAGGGACCCCUCAUGGUCAACUCGUAUUACUGCGACCAGACGAAGUAUUAGUAACUUCUGAAGCAGCUGUGACUGCGUUCAGAAAGUUUGUUCGCACUGCGGUACCCGCAAGUCUUUGGUCAGAUAUAGAACAGGGUCCGAAUGAAUCGUUUCAGGACUUCGCUAACAGAUUGAUAAAAGCAGUGGAGGAGUCAGACUUGCCUAGGGCAAUACAUAAUCCAGUGAUUGUGGACUGCCUUAAGCAAAAGUCCCAUGAGAAUGUGAGAGAUCUUUUAUGUUCAGCUCCCGGAAAAUUAACCACACCAGGAGAGAUCGUUAAGUAUGUUUUGGAUAAGCAGAAGCCCACACCCCUGACAAAUGAGGGACUUGCAGCAGCCAUAAUGACAGUAAGAGGCCCCUCUAGAGGCCCUUGCUACCGUUAUGGUGAAUAUGCGCAUAUUAAAGCACAGUGCGGCACCAGAAAAAAUGAUAGUGUUGUUUGUCAACUGUGUGGAAAAAAGGGACAUACUGCACGGCAGUGCAGAAAGCAGAGGGCUCGGAAUCAGGGAAACGAGAUGGGGAGGGAGCCACAGGCCCGAGGCCCCUCCCAUGUAUCCAAGAAUGGGCCAAUGACCAACUCACUGAGCCUGUCGGUUCCUCCUCUGAGGUUUCUCAAACGCCCAAUGUAG